CAUAACCCUAUUUUACUUCGAUUUAGAGAUAGUGGUUUUAGUUUAGCUUUAUUUAAACUUGGUGAGAUGGACGAUAAUGUUCAUACAAUUGAGCAAUUUUAUGGAGUCUACCUGCUGUACUGCCUCAACCCGAAAUACAAAGGCCGCACCUACAUCGGCUACACAGUGGACCCAAAUCGACGAAUUAAACAGCACAACAAAGGCAAAAAGGCGGGCGGCGCGUGGAGAACAAGCAAAAGGGGCCCUUGGACGAUGGUGUUAAUCGUGCACGGCUUUCCCAACGACAUCACAGCACUACGGUUCGAGUGGGCCUGGCAACAUCCGAAUCGUUCUCGACGUCUCAGUCAUCUGCCGAGGAAGAAGGCGCGCGAGACAGUCUACGAUUACGCCCUCCGCGUGCUCGCCGAAAUGUUUCGUGUGGGUCCGUGGCUACGGCUGCCGCUAACGAUACGCUGGCUAAAUCAGGAGUUUGCACGUGACUUUCCGAGUGACAAAUUGCCGCCGUUUCACAUGCCCGUGUGCUACGGACCCGUGGUCAGCAAGAAAUUGAAGUGUGGCUCGGGCGAUCACGGCCCAAAUCAAAGCUCAACUUGUGUUGUGUGCUCGGGCGACAUCGACGAGAAGCCGUUAGUGUGUCUUAGCCCCGAUUGUGAUUUAGUAAGCCACAUUGUGUGUCUGUCCAAGUCGUUCCUCGAGCCGGGCGAAUUAUGA